GACAGCUCCAUAUAUCUGGGCCGCCUUCCAGGCUUAAAACGUCCAAGCCAUCCCCUUGGGAUGACAAUCUACACCCACACACACACACACACAGCUCCAUACAGCCAGACACUCAUGGACACGACACUGGAACACUGACAGGACGUGGCCCAGCCAGCCGGGGAAAACACGUCUCCACCAGUGCCACUAAUUUUACGUUUCGCCUCACCAAAACCAGUGAGGAUGACUGAAAAAUAGAAGGAAGUGUACUGCUGAAAAAACAAACACGUCUGAAUUGGAAGCAUCUUUACAGCACGAGAGAAUGGAUGGCUCUUUACAAGAAACGUCUGAAUUGGAAGCAUCUUUACAGCAUGAGAGAAUGGAUGGCUCUUCACCAGAAACUAUGUCAUUACAGUGUGAAGAAAAAAACAAGAGAGGAAAAAAAUCAUGUGGCCUCAUCACCACCAUGCUGCAAAAAAUCCGAUACAUCCAUGCCCUGGCUAUUGUGGUUGUUGGCAUCAUCAUUAUUGUGUCUGUGGUGCUCAAUCAUGUUGUACAGAGGCCCCAUGAAGCAGAUGCAGCAAGUUCUGUAACUAUUGACAUCACCACCACCACCACCACCACCACCACCACCACCACCACCACCACCACCACCACCACCACAAGCCCACCUCUUGGGUACAAGAUGUGUAACUCACCUGCCUGUUUGAUUCUGGCAAAUUACUCAAAAAUGAUGAUGGACAGUACUGGGAAGGCCAAAGCUUGUGAGGAUUUCUACCAAUAUGCGUGUGGAGGCGUGAUGAACAAGCCAGACCACAAGCCAAGGCAGCCCGGCACCAUGGCAAGGAAGAUGAUCAAAGGCCAGCUGAACGGACUGAACAGCAGUGACACCAGCACUGGGGGAGGCAAAAUGAAGGCUUUUUACGACAGCUGCCUCAACCUGGGGAGUCAGGAUGCCAGGCAGGACUGGGCAAAACCCAUCAAGGACAUGUUUGGCGCCUAUCAGUUCACUGACGUAGAGCUGACUGGCUUAGACUUCACCUUUGACCUGAGUGAAGCUUUGGGCAACAUGAUGAAAAAUGGCUUCACACCAUUCUUCAACAUAGAGCUUGAUGUUGAUGCGGAUAAGCCAGAGGCCUUCAUGAUGAGCCUACAUCCCACUGCACCUGGAUCGCCCUUCAGUGAUGACCCGUCCAGGAAAGUUUGCCUUGAGGAACACCACAGCAACCUCCUAUCUCUGGGCAGUACCUCUUAUAAUGUUGCUGAAGAAUACAACAGUUUUAUGAAAUGUGUGAAGACUGGAAAAGGACUGGAGGCAAGACUAGUCAGAAUGAAGGAAGCUGUGGUUCAGCUUGGCCUCAUGAACCACCUAACCCCCAAGAAAUCAGAGGAACUGUUGGCACAAACUUUAAGCAACACAAAGACCUUCUUAACAGAGCUUUCUGAAAAGCAGCCACAUGUACCACACCUCAUCAUGAAACUUGCCAACAGAGACUUUGAUGAUGUGAAAUUUGUCUAUGAACUUGAUGACAUGGUCAUUGACUGGAAGACAGUGCUGAGUACAUUCCUCGAAACUGACAAGUCACAAACUGAAGGAUACAAAAUUCUGGUGUACGAGGAAACCAGCUUGAACAGUAUUACAGAGUUGCUGGGUGAUUACUAUGGAUUAUCUCCGGCCGAAUUGUACAACAUAUUGGUUCUGCUGUGGGCUGAGAUGGUCUACACAGACUUUGUGGACCCUGUGGGGGUGAGUGUGGGGGAUCCAGAGUACUGCCUCAACACUGCCAUUGCCCUGAUGGAAGACACAGCCUCCUAUCUCUACCUGCAAGCUGUGGCUCUGAGUGUUGAAGCUCGCGAUGCACAGAUUGAUGAGAUUGCAGAGAGCAUCAAGCAGGAAGGACUGAGGGUACUGGGGAAGUUGUCAACAGCAGAAGGCUUCCAAGACAAGCUGAGAGACAUGAUGGAUAACGUGGUUAAACUCAACAAAGUAGAUGGAGAAGUGGCCACCAAGAGCAUGGAAGGGGUAAGCCUGAGUGGUGACUUCCUACACAACAGCCUGCUGCUCCUCACCCAUCGCAGUACUCUCAUGAGGAACACGUAUGAGAAAGGCACAACUGACAUGUGGAGGGUGUUUGCGCGUCCAUAUGACCCAUUUGGUGUCUACAACUACGUGUUAAACAGAAUAAUGAUCCCAUAUGCCACACAGGAACCCUUUGAAGAAAUAAGGGAUGUUCCAAAAUACAUCCACUAUGCAUCCAUUGGUCAUCAAAUUAGUCAUCUGAUGUGGCAUGGCUAUGACACCUCAGGGAUUGCCUUCAACCCAUCAGGCACAGAAGUACUCAGAGACAUACAACCACUGCUUCAGAAAUUCAAUGCCACAUACAAUGGACCAAGAAGCUACAAAAACCAAAACAAUCUCACUGCAAACUAUAAUAUGACUGACUUGACAGCGAAUGAAAUCUGGGCUGACAUGAAGGCAACAGAUCUGGCAUGGCAAGCUUAUCUCAACAGGAACUUGUUAAUGGAACCAGCCCGCCGCCGCCGCAUAUCUGUUGAGGACCCCCAAGACCCUGAAGAAUUGGUGCUUCCACUCCUUGAGAUGUCCCCUGCACAACUGUAUUACCUUCACUGGGCUCAGCACUACUGCAGUGACAGCAAUGACCUGAGAAUGCUGGAGGUGAUAGAGAGUAGACAGCCACCUGGGAGAGAGAGGGUGAACUUUGUGACACAACACAAUGAGCAUUUCAAAGAGGUGUUUGGGUGCACCUCACACUGAAGGACUGGCCUGCCAACAACUUCUAUACCUGAAACCUUUUAAAGUAUUUGCUAGUCAAGAAUUAGAUAUGUUAGUUAAAAAUUAAGAAUUUAGUUAAGAAUUAAGAGAACAUUUUCCAGACCCAGCUGCCAACCACUGUUAAAACAAUCCCUUGAAAAUAUUUGUGAGAUGGUCAAAAAUUAAGAAUUUUUAGGGGGUAAAUUUUCAUAAAUGUAUACGUCUAGCAUUUUCUAACAAAACUAUAUCUUUCUGGUAGAUUUUGAUGGGCUUUGAAUGAAUCUAAUAAUUGUUUCCACUGUAAAUAUUUUUUUUUGCAUGUGGUGUGAUAAAUUUGAUAAAAAUUAAUAUCUCAGAAACGUAGAAUUUCCAGCAGUAAGGAUAUACGCCACUGUGUUGUGUGUGAUGCAAAUAUUUCACUGACAAAUAUGUUUUUUCUUAUUUGGCAUGAGACGGAUGCACUUUUGUUAUAACUGAAUGCUUUGGAAAUAUUUGUUACAGUAUUUUACAGCAUAUAUUGCACAUACUGUGCUCCUUAAAAGUGAUUAGCUCAUUUUUGGAAAAAAGAUUUUUGGGGUUUGAAAUCCCUAUGAAUCAUUAGGUAUAGCUAACUAACUUGUAUUUCUGAUCAUCUUGGAGAUAAACCCAACAUCCUUGACCUUUUCCUAACCUCUAAUCUUUCUGCUUAUGCUGUUACCCUCUCUUCUCCAAUCACAAUCUCAUAUCUGUAUCUUGUCCUAUUGCUCAGGGUCCCUUAAUGCUUACACACCCGCCGAUCAUAUGCACUUCCUAGUUGAGUCUCCAGGUAGACAAGGGUAGGACACUCAAAAGAAAGUAGUUAUUAUAUUUUUUAUUCAUAUAUACACAGUAACUACAACGAAGGCCUGGCUAGCUAUGGCUACACUCUGUGGCGCAUGGGCAGCACACAGAAAGAAAUACUUAUUCUGCUGGAAGUGAGGCCAAUGCCUGGUCCUUCCCCUGCAAACACUACAAUGUGACCACGUGGGCAGCGAAUGAGGAAGAACUAAGCUACAUUGUGAGAGCACAGCUUUACGUUACGUUACUGGAGCACGGAGGUAAAUAGCAACCACUACACACUGUAAUACUCGACAAGGAGUGACGACCAUGUGGUCGCUGGGCAACUGAAUAUGCGCUAGAGAACUGGAAUUACCACAAAUAACUCACCUGAGACGUUCCCCUGGUGUACUCACUCCUCCAGUCUGCUUCAAUGAAAGCCAGCUUCAUUGGUCAGGGCUUCGGCUUACCGCUGCACCAUGCUGUCCUUUCUGCAGGCUGGUUUGGGUGGAGUUGAGGUCGGCACGUCUUGUGCGCUGGAGAAAAUGAAACCCUGCAUAAGGUCAAGACACCAACUCAAGCCAUGGGACAAGCACCCACAACAAACAUCCUUGACUUCAUCUCCAGUGACAUUGCUCGUCUGUCCGAAGAAGGUAAAGUGAUAGUGAACACAAUAGUGAAAGCUCUGUCUAUUCUUUCCAAGGAAAAAGAUGAAAAAAUUGAAAAGUUACAGGACAAAGUGACCUCACUUGAGGAUACAGUCAGUAAACUUGAAAAUCAACUAGAUGAUGUAGAACAAUAUGAAAGAAGAGAUACUAUAAUAAUUAGUGGUCCUGCAUUGCCCAGAGAACAAAACCAUGAAAACUCAACUGACCUUGUUGUGAAUUCAGUUAAAGAUAAUCUGCACAUCAAUUUAAGUCAUGCUGACAUCAAUGUUGCUCACAGGUUAGGUUCAAAAAGUCAAAACAAAGAGAGACCAAUAAUUGUAAAGCUGCUAAAUAGAUCAAAGAAGGCAGAAAUAAUGGAUGCCUGUGUAAAAGUUAAACCUAGCCUCUAUAUUAAUGAAAGUCUCACUCCAAAACGACGCAAUAUCUUCAAUGCAGUUUGGGGUAUCAGGAAAAAAAACAAGGAGCUUUUCCAACAGUGCUACACAAGGGAUGGAAAGAUCUUUGUUAAAUUAAAAACAUCUAGUCAAAAACACAUGAUAACCACUGAACAGUCUUUGAACAUUUUCCUAGAUAAAUAUCCUGUUCUGACCCAGUCUUAAAUGUGCUCUCAACUCAACAUGAUGCGAUAUUUCCUGCCAAACAUUCUAGAUAUCUUUAUGUCUAUUUAAUUUAUAUAUAUAAUGUAUUCAUUAUCCUUUCCUGUGUAUAUAUUUUAUAUGUCAUAUCCUAUGCAUGUCUCCAACUUAUUAUUAUUCAUCUUAAUUUUUUCUAGAUUUCAUCAUAUGAAACUUUCUUUUAUCAUCUACUACUUUGCCUAUUUAUCUAUUACUUUGCCAAUAUCUUGGGUAUGAAGCUUUAUUCUAUCAUCUUUACUUUGCCAAUAUCUUGAACAUUUAUAGUUUUAUCAACUUAAUCCUUUUGAUCACCAAAUUCUGCAAACAUUUUGCAAUCUACCUUCCACCCUUCUUAUGACAUACCUGGUAAGCCUUCCAAUUUCUUUUUAUUUAAUUUUUAUUUUAAUUUUUUAUUAUGUAUUUCCUUAUUCUUUGAUUAUUCUUCUCCAUCUCUACUUAUCAUAUCCUUCCUUUCCUCUCCCUUAAACUUUCCCAAAUCCCUUCCACUCCCUCCUCCCUCUCUGCUACCCAUACUUGCCCCCUUUUCUACUAGCCUUUCUUAAAUUCCCCUUUCUAUAUCAUGAACUUUACUAGUGAGAAUCUCCUCAAUACACUUUUCAACGACUUAGAAGACAACAAUGAAUCUGAUAGCAUCGGCAUAGAAAUAAUAAAUUCCAUGUACUUAUCUCUUGAGUUAGAUGAUAUCUGUAAUUAUCAUGACCUUACCUCAUACAUGAAUGUUAUACCAAGAAGUAGCGCUGACUAUAUCAAUAUUCUCCAUAUAAAUGCCCGCUCACUAAACAAAAAUUAUGACCAAGUAAUCUCUUUUAUCAAAUCUCUUCCCAAACUCCCUGAUAUCUUAUGUAUAAGUGAAACCUGGCUCAAUGCAAAUAAUGUUCACCUUCACGAAAUUGAUGGCUAUAAGUCAUAUCAUGUUCACAGGCCUUUAUACUCUCCAGGUGGGGGUGUUGCAAUUUAUGUAAAUAUUGACCUACAAAGUGAAAUUAUUAAGGAUUUUUGCAUGUGUGAUGAAAAUGCUGAACUAUGUAGUGUGAAAAUUAUUCUACCUACUACCUCCUACUCUGUUUCUUGUAUUUACAGACCAAAUAGUAAACAUGCUAAAGUAAAUGAAUUUAAUGCAUAUAUUGAUAAUCUUCUUUCAAAUAACUUUUUCACAAACAACAGGAAUAUACUCAUAGGUGACUUCAAUAUAAACCUUCUUGAACAUGUGUCACACCCUCCUACUAACUCUUUCAUUACAACUAUGCAAUCAAACAAUUACUUCCCACAUAUAUCUCGACCAACAAGAUUUUCAGACAUAAAUACAACUGCAGCCCCAUCUUUAUUGGAUCACGUCUGGACAAACUUCAAUGAACCAGUCUCUUCUGGAAUUUUCCACUUUCCUAUCAGUGACCACCUUCCAGUGUUUAUCAAUAUUCCAGUCUCUGAUAAAGUGUGCAAUAUUCACCACAAAGUUGAUUUUAGGCUACAAAAUAGAGUAAAUCGGUUGAAAUUCACACAGACCCUAUCAAAUACAGACUGGAGUCUCUACCUCACUAGCAGUGACACAAACACAAACUGCGACAUAUUUCUGGAUAAAUUAUAUAAAAUAUACUAUUCCUGCUUCCCCAAAAUAACCAAAACUAUCACAUCCAAAAGACUGAGUAAGCCUUGGUUAACACAGGGGUUAAUAAAUUCAACAAAACAUAAAUAUCAGCUGUACAAACUAUACAAACUAGGGUCAAUUACAAUGGACCACUACAAACAUUACAGAAAUUAUCUAAAUAACUUAAUGAAACGCAAAAAAUCUGAAUAUUACCUACAAAGGUUUGAAAAUUUUAGACUUAACAAAAAAAAAGUUUGGGAACUAAUUACCGAAAUAGAAAACAUUAAUAAUAAUAACAAGACGGUCUCCCACACACUACACUAUAAUGACACAGUCCUGCACACUCCACAUGAAAUUUCAAAUGCAUUCAACACCUAUUUUUCACAAAUUGCACCUCAACUUAGCUCCCAGCUUCCUAGAGCUCAAAACUCACACAUUUCUUAUCUCAGAGGUAAUUUCCUAAAUUCCAUGAAUAUUCCCAUAGUGACAGGAAAUGACAUAGUAAAAGCUAUUUCUGCCUUAAAAAAUAAAAAAUGCCCUACAGAUGAAAUACCUGUGAAAAUAAUCAGAGAACAAAAAUCUUCUAGCAGAGCCACUCUCAAAAUUAUUCAAUGAUUCAAUAAAAGAUGGAGUUUUCCCUAAUAGAUUCAAGCUGGCAAAAAUUAUCCCUAUCCAUAAAUCGGGAAGUAAAACUAAUAUCUCAAACUACCGACCAAUCUCUAUUUUACCAGUGUUCUCUAAAAUAUUUGAAAUCAUUAUGAAGAACUUCCUCAUGAACUACCUCAAUUCACAAAAACUCUUAAAUAAUAGGCAAUUUGGUUUCCGCCCCGGACUAAAUACUUUUGACGCUAUAAAUGUGUUUACCUCUGACCUACACGAUGCCUUGAAUAAACAUAAGUCUAUAAUAUCCAUUUUCAUUGAUUUCAGCAAAGCUUUUGACACAGUUGACCCAAACAUUCUAAUAGACAAAUUACGUCACUAUGGUAUUCGCGGUUGUGUGGAAAAUUGGUUCAAAUCAUAUUUAACUGGCCGAUCUCAUUUUACAUCCUACAGUAACUCUAAAUCAACCAUCAAACCUAUACAUCUUGGUGUGCCACAAGGUAGCAUCUUAGGCCCUAUUCUUUUCCUGAUAUAUAUCAACGAUAUCAGCAAUGCCUCUACUGCUUUCAACACUAUACAGUUUGCUGAUGACUCCACCUUGUACAUGAUUGGUGAUAAUCCCACUGACCUAAUCUACAGAGCCAACCUAGAAUUAUCUGCCUUUUCUGAAUGGUGUCUUGCAAAUCGCCUAACAAUUAACACAGCUAAAACUUUCUACAUGUUAUUUACAAAUACCACCACCAAAUACCAACCCUUACCUAGACUUACCAUAUUAGAUAAAGAUAUCACGCAAGUUUCUAAGACAAAAUUUCUUGGAGUCACAUUUGACAAUAAUCUUACCUUUAAAUAUCACAUAUCAAACCUUUGCCUAAAAUUAUCUAGAUCAAUAGCUCUAUUGCUGAAAAUAAAAAACUUUGUUCCAGUGGAAAUUAUGAAAAUCAUGUAUUAUGCCCAUAUAUACCCACACUUAACCUACUGUAAUCCAAUUUGGUCCACUACCUACCCAUGUCAUCUACAAAAUCUAAACAUCCUCCACAAGAAAAUUAUUAGAAUCAUGACUAAUAGUGACUUCCUCCAACACACACCUCCACUCUUUAAAUCUAUGAAAAUCCUUCAACUCUCUGACUUAUCAAACUUCUCUAUUGCAUCAUACAUGUUCAAAUUGAUAAAUUCCAACAACAACAAUACCCUGACCCUAACUCAUAACCACUCCACACGCUACAGGCAUUCUCUACAGAUUCCCCAUCAUACCUUAACUCUCUACCAACACUCUCUAAUGUAUAAAGGUCCCAAAAUAUGGAAUAGCACCCUGUCACAUAUAAAAAAUUCAUUAAGCGUAAAUAUCUUUAAGAGAAAACUAAAAGAAUAUUUAUUGUCUCAAUACUGACACAUCUUGUACUUCAAUCAAUUUUUAUCAAUAUCUAUUAUUUUGUUUCUUGGUAUUGUAACCAAAUAGUUCAUAUCCUCUGUAACUAAAAUAGUUUAUAUCCUCUAGUAUAUAUACAUAUUUAUUUCUGUUUGUUUAAUUAUUCUCAAAACAAAUAUUUGCUUGUUUAUAAUCAGAUUCCACUUCAAUUUUCUCUAUUUCUCAUGUAUAAUUAUGAUUUUUCUCCUUUCCUUCCUGUUCUUGCAAAGCCAUUUAUCCCUAAAUCUUUUGUUAUUGCUAUUUAUUUAUUUAUAUAUAUUUUUUUUUUACAUUUUCUUCAGUUAGAUUUUUAGUUUAGUGUUGUUUUACAUUUCAGUAUUAAGUAGAUAUUAAGUGUGCCCAAAAAGCUUGUGCUUCAUAAGGGGCUGUUUGUCUUUCAAUUAAUUGUACCUUAAGCUUAUAUAUGUACUACAGACAAACAUAAUAAAGUGUUUAAAGUGUUUAAAGUGUUCAAGCAGAGCAAGACUUGAUAAAAUAUAACGAUCUGUUUGUAACUGAACUAGAGAUUGAGAAAGUAGAGAUAGUGGAGAUAUCAAGGUUAAGAAAGAAGCAAACAGAAAAUGAAGAAAGGAAAAUUAACAGUCCCACAUGAAAUGGAACACAAUAAAAAAAAAAAAAUGCAAAGAAGUUAAGGAAUACUAGAAAAGAUCAGUGUAAAGGUGUGUAUACUGCACCAGAUUUAACAUACAAGGAGCAACAAAGGAAUAAGGAACUCAGAAAACAACAACUAGAAAAAAAGAAAUAAUGGAGAAACAGGAUGGUUUAUCAUAAAUAACCAACUGAGGAGAUAAUUUUUUUGUAAAUAAGUAAAAAAAAACUAAUGAAGUAAGGAAUGAUUUAAGUUUUAGUGUAAAAUUUAUAAAUGUACAAUGAUUAACAAAGGUAAAGGAAUUGAAUUAGAAAACUUAUAGACAGCAGCACAAUAUUGUUUAACUGAAAAACAACAAAAAAUAACAGUAAAUCUCAGUGAUGAAAUAAGUUGUAUAAACAGAAUGAGGAAAAUAUCUGACAAAAAAGAUUGUGCAUUAAUGCUUCUUAAAAAGGUAAUAACAUAAUUAUAAAGGAAGUUAAGUCAAAAUCAGAUGUGAAGUGUAUAUUUUAAGAUUUACUUUAAUAAUUGUUUAUAUAUCUGUAAAUGAUAAUACAAGAAAUCAAUUAAUUGAAGAGGAAGUCCUAGCAAUAGGAAAGAAUAUAUAUGGAAAAUAUAUUAUUGUUGGAGACUUCAACAGUCACAUUGGGAUUACUGAAAAACAGAAAAUAAAUAAUAAUGGUAUGCGAGUGCUUAACAUUUCAGAACAUCUGAAUCUUAAUAUAUUGAACUGCAAUAUGGACAGUGAAGGAGAGAUGACAUAGCAAAGAGAUGAUCAGUGUAGUACUAUUAACUUUGCAUUGAUAAAUGCAUUGAUAAAUAAAGAAUCAUAUAAG